CGGAACCCAAACGGGCUGUCCUCUGUUUCUGGAGGAACUUUAAAGUAAGUUAACUUAGUUAGUUUGACAGCUGGUUCAGACAGCUGCUGCGACGGUGAACAGGUCAGCAGGUCCAGCUGUUAGAGCCGGUUCGACCUGAGAGGCGGACAUGGUCUCCACGAUCCAGAACACCGACGUGAAGCAGAAAGAUGCUGCUCGUGCUGCGGUUGUCGCGGUAACGUCUCGCGCUGUGUUUGACUGUGGAGCUGGUGAUGGCGAUGACGUGUGCGGAGUGGGCGUGGCUUUCCCGCUGCUGCAGGCGCUGCAGAGAGUGAAUGAACGUCUGCUGGAGGAAAAUCCGGCUGAGUCGCUGCUGUUUGAUGUCGUCCUGAUCACCACCAGUAGCCAGCAACAGCAGCAGAGCUCCCGCAUCAGCAGCAGCACCAGACAUUACGGUCUCGAAGUCAGCAGGUUCUGUUUUUCCAGCGAGGAGGAUUUCAUUGAGAGUUUACUGACAAAUGGCGUGCAGCUCUUCCUGACAACAGACAGAAACGAGGCAACGCAAGCGUCACAAAGUGGUGUUCUCUCGGCGCUGCUGGACCAGCAGAUUGCUUUCAGUCCUCCAGAGCAGCUCAGAGUAAUGUUCUGUGGGGACGCCAUUGUCCAGCCCGACACUGGCCCAACGCCAGUGAGCCGACAGGUCGCUCAGAGUUUCUCGACUCAGCUUGGCGAGAUGCGGCAGAGGUUCGGCAUGUUCAACAGCCCUCUCAGUAUCGUCCUGGUGACGUCUCGUGGCGGCAGGGAAAGCUGCGGCGGUGCCUUGCAGAAGCUGCGGUCCCGCGGCGUGAGCGUGGACGAAGCGUACUGCCUGGCCGGGGCCCCACAGGGCCCCAUCGUGUCCCUACUCCGACCUCACUUCCUGCUCAGCGAAGGCUUCAGAAACCUAGAGGAGUGAUGACAUCAUGAGAGGAUGUGCUGUCACAUGACCACACCAAGAACUUCACUGUCUUUGAAACAAGCUGCCAAAACCUCGAUAUGCGCUUAAAGUAGUUAAUUGAGCCUUAAGCAGCCAAUCAGUGAUCAUGAUGUAAAGCUAAGUGAAGCCCCGCCCACCACCAAAAUUCAAACCACAGGAUUGGACGCUGUUACACAGAAAAAAAUGGCUAUAUAUUUUUUUUUGACAUGUAGACAUUGUUUUGAGACAAAUGGAUGAUAUAAAUACAUCUAACAAAUCAGCAUGUGUGUAACUCUGUUAUAGUCCAGUAGGAGGCAGUCUUGCUUUGAUACUUCACGGAAAUCUGACCAAUUCUUUGACCUUUGACCCUUAAUGCUGGGAGUGGAGUGGACUAAAGUGGAGACUAGCUGUGGUUCAGAUCAGAAUUAAGUUAAACUGACUCCUUCAGGUGUUUAACCCCUUGUGUCUAUUGAUGUGCAUGAUACAUUGUGGUUGGAAUGGAAGUGUUUCAGUCCUCCAGCAGACACGUUUGUUGAGUCUUAAAUCAGACUGAAUGUAGGUUUGCAGCUCAUUUCUAAUGGAUAUAUUAAGAGAUAUUUGUUUCUGUGCUUCAGUGGUUUUAAAUGAGUAUGCCACCUGAUCAUUAUUUUCUGAAAUGUUAAAACAGUGAGAUAUUAUAGAGCUCCCGAGGUCGCAAAAAAAUAUGUUUUUUGUCCACACAAGGCAAUAACGUCUCUUUGUCUGUCCCAUUACCACACCUGUGGUCUUGAUAUAUAUGGUUAUGGAAGAUAUCCUAUAUAAAAUGUUUCACAAACUAUUGCUGUACAAAACUAAAACAUUUAUUUUUGCAUCACAACAUUACACACAAACACCAAAUAAAUAAACUGAUUGUAAAAGCAGA